AUGGUCACGCUGCAGCCACUUCCUCUGAUCCUCGGCUCCGUCUACGCGACUCUCAGAGAGGUUUGUCUGGACCUCAGCGACUUCCAGAGAGAGGUUUGUCUGGACCUCAGCGACUUCCAGAGAGAGGUUUGUCUGGACCUCAGUGACUUCCAGAGAGAGGUUUGUCUGGACCUCAGCGACUUCCAGAGAGAGGUUUGUCUGGACCUCAGUGACCUCCAGAGAGAGGUUUGUCUAGACCUCAGUGACUUCCAGAGAGAGGUUUGUCUGGACCUCAGUGACUUCCAGAGAGGUUUGUCUAGACCUCAGUGA